AUAUAAAUAAAAUAUAUAAUAUAUACAUAUCUCGCCUCUCUCCGCCGCCGAAACCUCUCCGACUUCGCCAUGGCGAGAGCCCGACUCCUCAUCGUCGCCGCCCUUCUCCUCCUCGCAGUCGUGGCUGCCGCCGCCUCCUCCGACUCCUCCGACUCCUCCUCCCCUGCCACCGCAGGCCAGGAUGCUGUCGCGCAGUCGCCCCUCGGGGACUACGGCGACGGUGCCCCGGCCGAUGUGGACGACAUCAGCGACGACGACUCCGACGCUGCCCCGGUCGGAGCCCCCCUCCCGACCCACGCCACUGAGCCCGAGCCUGACGCCACCGGCAACGGCACCGAUCACGCAGCAAGCGGCGGCGUCGCCCGUCCGGCGGCUUCUGCUGCCGCGGCCGUUGUUGCCUUGGCAUGGUUUGUCAUCUGAGCUAGUUAAAUGUCGGGAAUGAGGUUUCUUUGACUAACUAUUUUUUUUUAUUUUUUAUUUUAUAAAAUGUUGUUGAAGGAUUUUGAACUUAUAUGGAGCUUGUGAAUGAGUUAUUAAGAUGGGGAGUUCACCGACAUUAAUUAUUAA